AUCAUUUACCAGACCAAUUUUGAAGACUCCAUCAAACAUGUUAAAGCAAGUAGUAGAAUACUACACAAGAACAAUAUUUGAUAUAUUUCAGGAGGAAUUCGUUGAAUCGUUGGGUUAUUAUGUUGAUAAGAUUCAGGAUGGAGAGGUUAGCAAGUAUAAUGUUGCAAAAGAGGAGGAUGCCCAUACUACAUACAUUGUCACUCAUGAUUUCUCACAAAAAAGAACUAAUUGUAGUUGCUGCAAGUUUGAGACUUCUGGCAUUUUGUGUAGGCAUAUAUUGAGAGUCUUCUUAACAAUUGAUGUUCGUGUGCUCCCAGAUUAUUACAUAUUGAAACGGUGGACAAAAGAUGCCAAGAGUGGCUAUAUGUUGGAUGAAUGUGUAAGGUACAAUGAACUUUAUCGUGAUGCUGUUAAAUAUGCAAAAGAGGGUUCAACGUCUGGAGAGGUUUACACAGUUGCAAAAGAUUCGCUGCAGAUUGCUUUUGCCGAUGUUAUUGCAGCAAAAAAAGACCUCAUGAACCGAUGUCCAAUGUAGCAAUGGCAAGAUCUUCUGGGUUGUCGAUUGGUACAUAUGUGAAUUAUGCUGCCCUGACCUAUAGACUUGUGGAGUUCAGAAUUUUAUCAGUUUUCCUUUUUCCUUUUUUUUUUUUAAAAUAAUGAUAUGUUGCAGUUCUUGUCAAUACUUCAAUAGAAUAUAAGAGCCAUAACAAGUCAUCCUUAUCCCAUCUAUCUAGAAUUGGUUUUGAUCUUCCGUUUAACUUUUCCACCAAAGAAGGAAAUAUGUUGCAGGAAGUUUCUUUUCUCCCUUUUUGUUUUUUGCAGUUCUAGAUGAUAAUCUCGUUGCAGAAAAUGGACGUCUGCUUGAGGACUUUUGAUUGCUGUAGUUCAGAUAUUAUCAUAUGGACUGAUGAGUUGUCACUGACAUAAGUUUUAUUUACAAAACAUGUCAUAGUAAUCCUUAUCUUUUAUAUGAUGUUGCUUGAUGCAAUGAUGGAACUAUGUGCGUGCACAGGUUUGUGAAUGUUUAACAUUGGAAAAAGAAUGAUGAGGAGGUCAUUU